AUGGCCUGUCCGCUCCAUGCUCCAUUACUCCUGCUCACCACUCUCAUGGUGGCUGUGAACCUCAGCCUAAACCCUGUGCUGGGUAACAUACUGCUGGGUGGCAUAGAGGAGUCCAGUAUGCAAGAGGAGGGGGCCCCAGAAGCACUGGAAUAUGCUGUUGGCAAGUACAAUGAAAACAACAAUGACUUGUAUCUGAGCCAUGUUGUGGAAGUGAAAAGAGUCCGAAAGCAGGUCGUGGCUGGAGAGAACUUCCUUUUUGAUGUGGUUCUAGGCCAAACCACAUGUACAAAGGCCCAAGAUGACUUGACCAACUGUCCCUUAAAUGAUCAGGCUGAGAGAAAAUUAUGCUCUUUUGAGGUCUAUUUUGUGCCAUGGGAGAACAAGAUGUCCCUGACAACUUCCAGCUGUCAUGAAAUUUAA